UUGCAGUGAGCACAGCGGUGUCUUCAGUCAAAGAGAACCGACAGGUGACCCGAAAAGACAACUUUGUAAUCGGCACUUAUCGGCACUUAAUCGGCACAGGAAUAUCUGUGGGAAUUUGGUGUCAGGCUGAAACUUCAAUAAGAAUACAAAUGAUGACUCUGUCCUGGAGAAUAUGUUUUGUCUUUUUUGGAAUGAUGGUGUACUCUGAGGCCUUGCUCCCAGAGAACAUCAAGGAGUCUAUUGAACAUCUGAAUAAUCACUAUGUAAGAAAAAAUCCCAACCCUGGCAAACUAUAUGAUGGACACUCCCUCUUUCUAGACAAGAUGAAGGACAAAACAUUUGAGGAGGGUGAACAGAAGAUCCUGAUGAUUAUAAUUCUCGAUGUAUACACCAGAAUUUUCAACCAGAUGGAGAAUGAGACUCAGGAUGAAAACUUGAAGCAUGACUUGCAAGAAGUUAAAGAACAAAUGAACAGACUGAAGGAACACUACUUCUCUGGGAAACAUGCUGUCAUCAAGAGUUAUGUAACUGAGCUGCUAGCUCUUAAGGAAAAUGACCCACGGAUCCAGAGCAAAGCGAUAUUUGAGCUGAAGACUGUCUACCACAAGGCAGCAGUCUUGGGGACCUCGUCAGUGGAUAACCACCGGAGACGACGUCAUGCUAAACACUCAAAAAAGCAACGUUCGUAGCCGGAAAAUUUAUUUCAUGGAAUGUUACCUACGAGGUGCUUUACGGUGUAGAUUUAUUUAUUCAAAAUGAGUAACUCAUUUUAUAUUUUUGUGAUACUGACAUAAUUUAUUAACACUGUAAA